AUGAUAGACGACUUCGACGCUCCAUGGUACGGAACAUACAAACUAUCUCCUGACCAACCCGAUCCAACACCCGAUUCUGGUUUAUACCCGCCAAAGAUAUACACGACCUACGAUCCUAACUGGCGCGACUUCAUUGGCACCCAGCUCAUCCAAAUUCUCUCAGAAUUCCCGCACUUGCUAUCCGCUCCACUGAUAACUUCGAUCGAGGAUAGCCUCGAAAUAGCGGCUGUGGGUAGCAUGCGGAGAAAUGGAUCUUACCCCACUGAAGACGAUAACCUGACGAUUGGGUAUACGAAUCCGGCUAUGAUGCGCGCUCUACUCUGCGAGUACAUUGGUAUGAGGAGGCAGAAUAGCACAUUUACUUCCUUCGCCGAAGACCAGGGAAGGCAGAUAUUAGAGCUGUUUCAAAGAGAAGGAGCAGAGACGUUGAGCGAGUACAAUGCGCCAACGUAUUACGGUAUCGAUGUCUGGGCUUUGGGAGCGCAGAUAAAAUACGGGGGUAGCAACUCUAGUAUGACGACGGCUGCUCACUACAUUCUGCCUAGGAUGAUGGGUGAUUUGGCGGAGCAUUAUAAUGGAUAUUUGGGCAAUGUCGUAGGGCCGUACGAUAGAGCUUAUACGAGGGAUAUCACGCAACAUUCUGCUGUCUUGUCGUUGGUUCUGUGGGGUCUUUGGGGGAGGGAGAAGACUACGCAACCGAAGAAGAUGGAGAGUGAUUUGUUAUUCGAUGUUGCGCAGGGGGCGGCUAUUGCCCUUGUUCUUGACGGUGUUAAGCCGCUACUGCCUGCGGGUGUGGAAGAGGCAUUUACUACAAGGGACCUCGUGGGGGAGUCAAGAUGGCUGAAUCGAACGGUUUAUGACGACCUUGACGGAGGAGAAGCGAGGGUUGUGACAAGUUGGAUUAGCAAAGAGCUGAUGAUUGGUGGACAGCAGCUUGACGAGGAGGAAAAUAGAGGGGAUCAAUUCGUUCCUGCUAUCGUUCACUGGGCGGGGGAUAAGGAGCAUAAGCCUUAUCCGCUUAACACCUUCUUCUCCCUCUAUCCAUCCGCAUCAUCAAUCCACGCCGUCGCCUCGCCGAACCACCUCUCCGUCAGCUACCCCAAUCGCACGCAAGAGGGAAGCGAUAUCUUCACGUUUGCACUGUCGAACGUGCCGCCUAGUUGGACGCUGGGUACUGGAAGACGGAUAAUGGGCUUUGAGAAUUUGCCGUGUGUAGAGAUUGAGGUUGAGGCUGAGGGAUUGGUGAAACAAAACGUGACGUAUGGUACUGCGCUGAGGAACCACUUGUUUUACAACAUUUCGUAUGUGGUUCCUGAGGAGUUCCAGGGUGUGCCGAAGGUGGAAUUAGAUAUCAAGUAUACCUGCUAG